AUGGCUUUGAAUUCGAUCUUGAUUUUCUUCUUUGGUGCAGCCUUGUUUAUGGUUGCCAUUGCCUCUGAGGCACCAUCAGUUUGUUCAUCAGGCAAGAGGCAGUCUCCAAUUGAUAUCAAUACAUAUGAAGUUGUACUCAACAAAACCUUAGAACCCCUGGAUAGAGAUUACCAUAUUAACAAGGGUACCUUAGUCACUAAUGGCACACAUGUUGAGAUGACCUUUAGUGGUGGUGGAGUAUUGAAAAUUAAUGGCAAGGCAUACGACUUGAAGAAAGUUCAGUUUCAUACGCCAUCCGAACAUCAUCUUAACGGCAUCCAAUAUGCUGCAGAGUUACAACAGGUACACGAAGCCGCAGAUGGCAGCCGAGCAGUGGUUGCGAUUCUCUUCAAAGAUGGAGGCCCAUCUUGUACAAAUCUAGACAUGAUAAUGCCCCAGUUGAGAGAACUAGCCAAGACACCUUGCGUAGGUCAUGAACAAAAAGUUGACAUCCGGAAGUUUGAUUUGAGCUUCUUGAGGAGAUGGCCACGAGAUUAUUACAGAUAUCCUGGUUCUCUAACCUCUCCUCCCUGCGAUGAAAAUGUCAUUUGGAAUGUCCUUUGCGAGGCUAAAACAAUUUCAACGGAACAAAUUACAGCAUUGAGUGCUCCUCUUUGUGAAGAAAACAAGAAUAAUGCGAGGCCAGUCCAGCCAUUGAAUGGAAGAAAGGUCCAGACAUAUGAUGAGGUUUAG